CCCCCGCCCUCCCAAGGGGGCAGAGGCCACCCUUGGCUCGACAAAUAUCCAGCGUGCAUACUCGCGCAUCGUCGGUUACUCCUUGUCCACCAACUGCUCACCGCAAGUCCAAGAAGGGCAAGGAGAAGGCAAUGUCUACGUCCCGUUCCUCCACUCCUCGGUCAGCUCCUCCUCCUAUCCAGCUGCCCUCGAGCGACAAACCUUUGCCUCCCAACUUUCUGCGGAACCAGCAGGCGUUACUCGGCCUCGCUGGGCUUGUUGGCGGCGUCAAUCCUGCGCAGCUCGCUAAACAGCGCGGCACUUCCGCACAGAAUCCCAUUGUCAUCGACGACAGUGAGACUCCGGUUGGUACUGGCCCAGUCACAAGCCAACCUGCCUCCAUCUCACGUCACCCGACCCGUGCGAACUUCGACACUUCACAGCUUCCUCGACCCAGCAAUGAGGAGAUCAUUGCCACGCUCGUGCGCCAGGGGAAUGUUGUGCCUGUGAUCGAAUCCCUUCUUCGCUUGCUCAGUGGAUCAGCGCCGACGACUCCUCCACCGCCGCAUCUGCACAAACGUUCAGGUUUUGAGCACAUCGACUCGCGCGCUGCACCCCCGCUGAAGCGCCGAAAGCUUAAUCGGGUGCCGGCAGGUGCGACGGACUGGGACGUUCCAUACCCUUUCCACGAGGGUCAGGGACCCCAAGAUUACAAGACGAACUGGGCUAAAGAUCGCGUGCGGGAGCUUCUUGCGGACUUGGUUGGGUUGCUUCGAGCUGCGGCGAAGAAAGCAGCAGCUAAGGAGUAUCAGCAGCAGCAGGAGGAAGAACGUCGAAGGCGACUUUCGGUUCAGCGGCAAGGAUGGAUUAACGGGCACUACAGGAUGAAGACGGCAUUUUAUGGGCUGGAAAAGGAUGUCUAUACUCAGCCCCCAUCUGGAGGAGACGGGCGGUCGUUGCGAAAGCCGGUGUUGUCUGGCACCAGCACGCCUGGUGCAAGGCCGAGCAGCGAGAUUGCUCCCAUUGCGACUUCUGCAAGGCAGACGAUGAGCGAACCACCCUCGCAGCCCUCUUCGUUGGCGUCUGCAGACCAUCCUGCGGAUACACCUUUGGACAUAUUCGACUCCCAUCAGGUGCAGGAGCUGCAGACUGUCCAAGCAGAUCAGCAGCAGGUAGUGUCCAACAUUGCCAAUGCUGAGCAAUCAAACGACUUUGCGUCGCCUGUGUUCUCAUCUGACCGCACGCAACCAUACUUCGACGACUGGCUGGCAUUGCUGAACUCGUUUCCUGCCGGGGACCUCAAUGACGCCUCGUCCGCUACUGACAUCCAAAUUCUCUUAAAUGACCUUGGAAUAACGGACACAACUUGUUACGACCUCAUCCCUAUGUCUGCCUCAACUCCCGAUGAUGCUACUGCAUCAACGUCUGGUUCAAGUCCAGCAUAUACCCCCGCAGAGACUCCUCUGAGCGAACCCUUCCCCAUGCUAGAUUCCAUUCCUGACUACUUGAUCGACCCUGCCCUUUUUGACAUGUCUGCGUCUGACGCCUCUGUUUUGGCACUCGACACCCUCGCACAGGAUGUUGAUCAACAUGGCUCUAUGGCGUCCAAAAUGGCCUUGUCCGAUGCGACGGGUCAGCCGCAGAUAGGUUCUGCACCUGUAACUGCGACUGCAAUGAACACGGACUCACCGCCAACGCCGACACUGACCAACAUGGAUUCGUUCGUGGGCUCUCCGCGCUCGUCUGCAGAGCAGGAUGCAGAGGAAGAGGCGCUCACGCCGCAGUGGACGUGGCCGCUCGGCGAUCUUGGUGAAGUGGGACGGUCUGACACCGACGUUGUAGCCAUAGGGAUAGGAGAGGAAGGGAUGAGAUUGGAUGAUAUGGGAGUGAGCGUCGAAGAUAUGAGGGCAUUUGAGAGGGAGUUGGAAAAGGCAUGUAUGCCGGUGGAAGCGCCUGCACAGCAGGUGCAACUGGACGUGGACGAGGGGAGGCCGACAACCCAACCGCUGCAAGAGGCGAUAGAGGACACUGCAUGGUUUGCAACGCCAGCUCAAGAACCCGAAGAACACGGACAGGCGGCAGGCCUAUCCAUUUCAGUGAGCGGUCAGGCGACGCCGCCAUUUGCCUCGACGAAUGCGCUGUCGCAAUUGCAGCAAGACAACCACACUGCAGAUACGAGCGGUGAAAUGGGCGCCUCUGCUGCUACAUUGAACGUUGAAACGACUGAGUCGUCGACGCAUGCGAAUGCACAAGCUGAGACGCAGAAGGCCGUGGGGAAUGUGGUAUCGAGUGCCCCGCUGCAUGAAGUAUCGCUGCUAGAGCCCACAGUCCAGCAACAGACACAAAAUUUGCAACCGCCUUUUUCUUCGAUUCCGAGUCAGUUCCAGCCGCGUUCGUUGUUUGGGUCGCAAGCACACCUAUAUUCUCAGUCCUACUCCCACACUCUACAGCAACCGCACGUAUUCCCGACCGCUAAACCCACUUUCUCUCCAACUGUUCCGUACACAUCGACCGCUUCCGCGUCCCCCUCACCUUAUGCAGCACUCUCUUCCCUUCUUUCUCUCGCCGGGUCCCUGCAUCCACUCGGGUCGAUUCCGUCCUCGGGUUCGAUAUCACCCCGUGCAGGUGCAAAUAAGAACCUUAACAGGAACAGUGCGGUGAAGGGUAAGGGCAGUGGAAAGAGCAAAGCAGAGAUCCUGGCGAAGGCGCGCAUGCUCAGGAACGAGCUGGAAAAGGCGCGGGAGAGGGCGCGAGUGGAGCUAUGGGAGGUCAGUGUCGAGCAGGGAGGGUUGGUAAAUGUGGGGAAGGAAUUUGGGAAGAAGUAGUAUUUUGGAAGAGCUGUGCAUGGUAUCAUCAUGUGUAUGCGUGUGCGUAUGCAAGAUAAUCGAUGCUCUCGAGCGUAGGUGCGGCUGUGGAAAUACAUUGGAGCAUAUAUGGUCUUGUUCUGUUAUGUACAGUGUCAUCGUAAGUUUUCCCGAAUAUUCGGGUCCCACUCUCUGCAGUGGGCAAGUCAAUCGUUGGCGGUGGGAACAAAUCGGAAAU